CUCCGGUGGCGGUAGCAGCAGCAGCAGCGGUAGCAUCGCCGUGGAUGCGUGAGGAGACGUCAGUGUUGGAGCGGAGCAGCGCCGGUGGUGCAGUUUAUCCAGUCAGGAGAUCAGGGCCGGUGUGUGUACCACAUAUCUAAGGUAAAGUCAGACUGCAGAGACUCAGGAUGGUCACCAUUCCAGAAUACUACACGGGGAAGAACGUGCUGAUCACCGGCGCCACAGGGUUUAUGGGAAAGGUGCUGCUGGAGAAGCUGCUGCGCUCCUGCCCCGGCGUCAGAGCGGCCUACGUGCUCGUGCGACCCAAAGCGGGUCAAUCUCCGAAAACGCGCGUCGCUGACAUGAUCAACUGCAGACUUUUUGACAAAUUAAGAGAAGAGCAGCCAGGGUUUGCGGAGAAGAUCGUGCCGGUAAACAGUGACCUGACGCAACCAGAGUUGAACCUCAGCAAAGAGGACCAGGACAUGCUGAAAGAGCGCAUCGACGUCGUCUUCCACUGUGCUGCCACUAUCCGCUUCAACGAGCCGCUUAAGGAUGCCAUGCAGCUGAACGUUCUGGCCACACAGAAGAUGCUGAGUCUGGCCCGCGGGAUGAAGCACUUAGAGGUGUUCAUUCACAUCUCCACGGCAUACGCCAACUGCGACCGCGAGCUCAUCGAGGAGCUCGUCUACCCGCCACCUGUCGACUACAGGAAAUUAAUCGACACGCUGGAGUGGAUGGACGAUAAACUGGUCAGUAUGAUGACCCCUAGGCUUCUCGGUGAGCGACCCAACACGUACACAUUCACCAAAGCCCUGGCCGAGUACCUGGUGCAGCAGGAGUGCGGGAACCUCAACGUGGCUAUCGUCCGCCCUUCUAUAGUAGGAGCUAGCUGGAAAGAGCCCUUCCCUGGCUGGAUAGACAAUUUCAAUGGGCCAAGUGGAAUAUUCAUUGCUGCAGGGAAAGGCAUCUUGCGCACCAUGAGAGCCUCAAACAGCGCUGUGGCUGACCUGGUGCCAGUCGACGUGGUCAUAAACGCGACUCUGGCUGCUGCGUGGCAUUCAGGCUCGCAGGGACACACAAGGCCAAAAAGUUUGUUGGUGUACAACUGCACAACCGGCUCAAUCAAUCCUUUUCACUGGGGCGAAGUCGAACACCAUGUUAUAUCCACUUUCAAGAGGAACCCCCUCGAGCAAGCUUUCAGGCGGCCCAAUGUUAAUCUCACAUCCAAUCAUCUAAUCAAUCAGUACUGGAUUGCUGUGAGCCACAAGGCGCCAGCAUUCCUCUAUGAUCUCUUCCUCAGGAUAACGGGACGGGAGCCCAGGAUGAUGAAGACGAUCACGCGCCUUCACAAGGCCAUGAUGGUGCUGGAGUACUUCACCAGCCACUCGUGGGUGUGGAACACAGACAACGUCACCAUGCUCAUAAACCAGCUCGGGCCUGAGGACAGGAAGGUGUUUAACUUUGACGUCAGACAGUUACACUGGGCCGAAUACAUGGAGAGUUACUGCAUGGGCACGAAGCAGUAUCUGCUGAACGAGGAGAUGUCAGGCCUUCCCGCUGCACGCAAACACCUCAACAAGUUGCGAAACAUCCGCUACACCUUCAACACGGUCCUGGUGAUCCUGAUCUGGCGCGUCUUCAUCGCGCGCUCGCAGAUGGCGCGCAACAUCUGGUACUUCGUGGUCAGCAUGUGCUUCAAGUUCCUGUCCUACUUCAGGGCGUCCAGCACGAUGAGAUACUGAACCCUCGUCCUCUUUCUCGUCCUCUCCUCCUCUCCAUUUCUCCUUCUCUCAUAUUCCCUUUUUUUUUUUUUUUCUUUUCGACAAUAGCUAUGCAUACGCUCUAGCUCUGGCCUUCAGAGCGCCACCACCCCGCUGUUAGGGUCAGAUACCAACAGCUGCUUUGUAGAACGCACGCCGCGACAGGGUUCGAGACUAGUCCGUGCACAGUAAAAAUGAUUCUCUGUGACAGUUUACAGACGUUCUUGAUUCUGUGGGGAUUUUUUUUUUCCUUCCCUCCCCGACCUUCAUGACAUUGAGGACAAGGAGGAUAGGGACGCGAUGUCUCGUUCAUUGCUCGGUGCCUGUUUCCUAGUUUAUGAUGUGCUUUUAUUUCUUUUCUUCUUUACUAAUGUAUUUAUGACUAGAAUGAAUAGCAGGUUGUUAUGCUAACAGUCGCUAGGUUACGCACGUCGUUGCAUUUUCAGCCAGACUAGCACACUAACAUCAAAGGAAGUUUGCAUCAAGACAUAUUGUUAGUUUUUUUUUUUUUUUUUUCUUCUUCUUCUUCUUUUUGAGAAUGAUACCUGAUGAGAAGCUCCACCUGACCACAGCACGGGCUGUCUCGGGUUAUUAAAAAAAAAUCUUUCCCCUCCAUUAAACACAGCUUGUAUAGAUCCAGGUAUCACCUUUUAGAUAUGUAAAUAGAUUUACUAAUCACUAGGGCUCAAUCACGGAGGGCGCCAAGCAGUUCUUGGUUUUCCAAAGCGUUCGUGUACCUCGAGUUCUAGAGUCCGGGGGUAUUUAUUUAUGACGGAAAUAGACUUCUAAUGUAUAAUGUAGUCAGCUUACAGCCGCUUCAUGUUACUCGGUCAUUUCUUGGCCCGCUCGGAUCACGUUGCUCUGAAUGGAAGGCGGUCAAACGCGCUGGCGAAGGUUUACAGUGCGGGCGUUUAGUGCUGUCUGUAAAGCUCCGGUCGAUACUCCUCCUCCUCCUCCUGCUGCUCGUGAAAUGUUUUAGAAAACAGCAGCUGGGAAAAACACUGAAACAGUCAUGCUGAGCCCAAGAGGAAUUUCACCCGGGUGGAAGUCUGUAGGGUGCCAUUACUUUUUCAAAAAACGAUCGCAAAAACCGUAACCAACAUCCUUUUUUUUUUUAUAUAUAUAUAUAAACAUUUUUAUGGGGGAUAAUGCGCAGUGGACGUCUAAGAGCGCUUCCAUCAUUCUAACACUUAAACAUAAAGGUGAGCUAGAACGGGAAAACAAUCCACAACAGGGUCAUGUGACCGGAUCCACGAUGCCACUCAGGAUAAGUGAAUUUCUUCUCCUGCAACAGAACGGAAGCCUCGUUCACCUUCAGCUGGUUAACCAACCUGGCACAUGAUGUCUCACGAUGUUCAUCCGUCACUCAUGUUCUAGCAGCUUUACACACUCGUCACACAUCACGACAUCAUCAGCUGUGUUUAAAGAAAAAAAAGGAGACUCCUUACAUUAAAAUUUUCUAAAGUCUUUUAGUUAGACAGCCUGAGCUAAACGAGUCCUUGUGAAUCUGCUGUUACUAUAGAAACAUAAAACAUGUAGUAGGAUGAGCACUUGAAUAUGAUCAUGUGACUCAGCUGCUGUUAAAAGUAGCAUAAAUAAAUAAUAACAGAAGUAUAUAUUUAUAAGCAAAAUAAAAUAAGAUGUUAGGAAAGUUAGUCAUUCUUUUGCAUGGACAGAAACAUCAAAGCACGUAGAUUGUUAUAAAUAAAUUACAGAUCCAUUGAAUAUAGUGUAGAAUUGAAUAAUAGUUUGAACAUUCCUCUAGUAAUUAUUUCAUGCUUCUAAUAAGCGUGUCUGUCUGUGCACAGGAUCUGUCACGCUCAUCCUCGACUACAGUACGUGCACGUGUCGUGUUUUAAAUCCGAACCACGGGUUGAAAUUCCUCUUUAAGACUUUAACGUCAGAAUUUUCCUCUACACUGACUCCUCCGUGUGCACGCUUGCUCGGGUCACGUUCUCGUUUCCAAAGGGCGUCUCGCAGCUGUGAUCUUCUCACAGCGCUCCCUCCUGCUGUCGAGGCACAUCUGAUCCCGAGGCCUCGGCCAAGCCAGCACGCAGUCAUCAGCCCGAUUUGCCUUAUCGCCUCCUGGACUGAGACGUCACAAGGAAUUUUUUCCUAAAAGCUGUUUAGUUACUGAUAUUCUUUAUCAGGCUGUAUGAAUUUUUUUUUUCCCUCUUUCUCCUUUUCUCUCUCUCUCUCUCUCUCUCUCUCUGAGAAUCGUUAAAUGCCACAGUUGAUGUCAUUGGGGUGGGAAGAGGGAAACACAACGGGUGCCUUGUGUUUGUAAACCAAAAAAAAAAAAAAAAAACCUGAAUAAAUGACUUCAAAUACA